AUAAGUGGGAGUUUCUUUUUUUGCUCUGUUUUUUCUAUAAUUUUUCUAUUAUUCCGCUCCUCCCUCUGCUCUGCCUGCCACAAACAGAACGGAAGAAACAGCAGGCGCCAUUUUAGCUUCAGCAAGCAGUUAUCACACUUCCUUCCCUUUCCCCCUUCCCUUCCGCCAUUAUUGAUCUUUACUGAACUCACAAUCAACAAAAUACAAGCAAAAAAUACUCGCACCAUUCUUCUUCCUCAACUCAGAGAUUCUCCAAAUAACUAACACACACUCAGCACCAUCUCUUUCGGCUUGAUCUCAUCACUCCGCCGGCCUUUCCGAGCUCUCCAGUCAAUGGCGGCCGCCCUUUGGAUCUGAAAUCCCUCCUUCGGCAACUCGCUUUCUCUGGAAUAAUGUACAGACCAUUUGUCACUUGCGAUGAUCCCAAAGGGGUAGUGGAAUGUGGGACAAUCAGAAAGUCCAAGCAUGUCCUCCAAAAGAUGGAGGAAGAGCAUAACAAGAAGAUGGCAGGGCAUAGACAGCAGGGAAAUAAGAAGGGUUCCAUUGAGGCGGCAAAAUUAGCAAUGGGGAAAAGAAGGGGAGAUAAGGAACAUUACAACAACAAUACCAACAAUCCAUCUUCAUUCCAGCUGCUGGAGGUCUCAAAAGGAGCUCAGAAGCUGAACAAGGUGGUCGAUUCCUGGUCUAGAGAAGGGAAUAAGGGCUACGAUGGCGAAGGCGGGUCGAAGGAGAAGAUGGCUAAGGAUUUGCUGAAAGGAGCUCUUGAUCUGAAGGAGUCACUGGUUAUGCUUGGAAAGUUGCAAGAGGCUUCAAAGUACAUGGCCAAGUUGAAGAAGAAACAGCAGCAGAAGGAGAGUCCUGAUCUGGUUAGAACCGAUGCUGAAUUUCCUUUGAUGAGGAGGGUGAGUUCUUGUAGAGAAGGUGGUGGUGGUGGUGGUGGUUUUGGUGAUUAUCAGAAGCCACGGCAUUCUUAUGAUGGAGCUUCUUCGUCGGGGGAUUACAUUGAUGAGCUUAGGAGUGCAAUAACAGACAGCUUUGCUAGACAGAAUUUGCUGUCAGAUGAUGAAAGGGCUUGGCUUGAGAGAAGGAGAAUAGGGGUUGGUUCCAUGGUGGCUCAAUAUUCCAAGGCUAUUGUAGUUCAUCCAACUGAAUCGUCAAAGGUAGCGAAGAAGGAAAGGAGUUCCAACUUGAUAGCUAGAUUGAUGGGAUUGGAAGAGAUCCAUCCUCCUGGAUCGCCUACUCGAAUCCCACAGAAGCGGGUGGACAUUGAGAUGCCAAAGUUGAGGAAGCAACAACAACAACAACAGCACGAUGCCUUGCUGGUGAAGGCAGCUGCAGCUGUUCAUGAGGCACAUCGGCAGCAGCAGCAGCAGCAAAGGAGCCUGAAAGAGCUGCUUGACACAAUGGAAUUCAGAGGGCUUCUUCUAAAGGGAAGUUCCGCGAAGAAGGAAGAGGACUUCAAGGCUCAUUCUCAAUCCAAUCAUCAGCAGCUGUUGUCUGAUAUUGGCAGCACGCCACCUAUUGUGCUUAUUAAGCCUUUCCAUGUGCCUGAAUCAGAAAAACCAUUUCAGCAGCCAAUGGUUUAUGAAGAAGGGGAGGUUGUUAGCUCAAAUUUGCACGCGAGGAAAGUGAGAGUCAAAGAAGACAAUGGUGGAAGGAGUCAGAGGAUUGAUCAGGAAGAAGUGAAAAGAAUUGUGAAUGGGAAGAACAGGAUGAUGAUGGAAAGAAAGCUGCGUGCAGAAGAAGCUGAAAGGAGAUCGAUUAGCCCCGGAAAUGGAGGUAGUAAGGAACAAAAGGAUUCAGUUCCAAGAGUGAAAGAGGGUAAUAAGAGUAAUAAUGGUAAGAUUAGAGCUGGGAGACCAGUGAAGCAAGAGGAAAAGAAGGAGAUUGUAGAUAAGAAAGUGGUUAAGAUUCAGAAGGUGGUGGCUAGCAAUGAAGAAGCACCAGUGGCAAAGGAGACUGUUAAGGUCAGAAAUGGAGUAAGAACUCAGGAUAAGGGUAAGGUUCCAACCUCUAGAAAGAUGAGGAGUUCUGAAGUUGGUGGAAUUGGUUCCAGGAGUCAGAGUUCUCAGCAGCAGAAUGCGACCCGUGAUAAUGCCAAAGGCAAGAAGAUGGAGAAGAAGAUGGUAGAUGAGGUUACAGAAGUAACACAAGAGAGCACAGAUUUGCAAGAACAUAAAGAAGACUGUAACGAGCUCGAGCUAGUAGGUGAAAUUCGCCCUGUUGAGGAAGAAAGUAGUUCCUUUAAUGCAACAGUAGAGCAGAUAUGUAGAGGAGGAGAAGAAACAAGUUCAUCUGAAAUUCCACUUGAAGUAGAACAUUGUACAGAAAGCCACAGUCCUCAGAAAAUUGUCCCUUUGGAGACCUCAGAUUCCAGAGAGAAUGUUGAGUCUGCUGAAUCCAAAGCCAGAAUCCAUUUCAAGACCUUCCUUUUAAGCAGCCAAGAGUUUCUCACUCGUGUAGAGGAGCUCUUUCCUCUCACUACUGUCCCUUCUCCAAACACCAUACUAUCAACAUCAACUACAUUCGAUCCACUCGACGAGAAACUGUCACUAGACUAUGCAAAUGAACUCAUCAAAUGCAAAAGCGAUCCGGAUUCACAAGCAAGAAGAGAUGGUUUGCUUCUUCUUACUUCUUGUGCAGGAGGAGCAUUGAGAAAGCAUGUUUCUUUAGACCAGCUUGUAGAAGAAGUCUGCAAUGGCGUCGAGACACUCCAGGGGUACAGUAACAAUUAUCGUGUUCUGGGUUCUGGAAGGCAACCCAGGCAAGCUACUGAUAGUGUGAAUUCAAUACUGGAGAAGGAUGUGAAGAGUAUAGGAGUUGUGAGUGGUGUGUGGGAAUUGGGUUGGAGGAAUGGAUUCUCCAUGGAAGAAGCUGAACACGCUGUGAUCGAUUUAGAGACGUUGAUCCUAGAUCAGUUGAUUGAUGAGGUAUUCACUACUUAGCUUUCUCAGGUUUCUAGAGUUAUUUCCCUUUGAUUGUUGCUCAAGUAUGUAUAGAGAUAGUAAGAGAGAGGUAGGAAGGUUCAUUUAGAGGGCUGCUAAGCAUUUCAAUUUUCUGUCUUCUUUGUAAAUAGUUGACAUUUAUAGCAAUCAAAUUGAUACACACAAGCUAACUUGAAAAAAAAACUUAUCAAAGGGAAAUCUAUAACUACUCCAACAGAUCUUGUUCUGCAUGCAUUCUAACUCACAGCUGCAAAAUUACAUGUGAUGAACUACUGAAUUGUGAUAAAUAGUCAAUUCAAGUGGGAGGGGUAGCCUUGAAGAGAAGGAAGUUGAGGGAUCCCAAAGCAAAGUAGAUGAAAGUCCCUUGCUUGUGAGUGAAGAAACAACCGAAACUCGAACCCACCACGCACUGCCAUCCUCCUCCAUAAGCUCUGUCAAAUUCCUGCCAUCCCACAUAAUGCAGCAGAGUGAUUUUAACAGCUUAAAAUGGAAAUAAGUCAAUAACCCAUGAAUCAUAUAUCUCCACCCCCGUAGAUGAGAAAAACAGUUCUAGGGUUUACCUUCUUGAUGUGAGCAGCCAGGGAUCUGCAGUCGAGCACGUCGAAUGUGUCGAGCGCUUCUGAAGCAGAAGCCAUGGCUUUGAUCUGCAUGCUCUCUGGCAUGUCUGUUUCCUUCACGAUGGCCUUCCCUUCCAGCAUUUUUUUUUUCCUAGCCUCCUUCUUCAACUAAUGUUGUUAACGAAGCAGCAACCCGUUUUCGGAAUGAGAAAGAUUCUGCUGGCGUGUGUGUGUAGGAAAUGGAGGGAAAGUUCUGUGGUCUUGUUGUUGUUCUUCUGGUGGGUUCAUAUG